GGUGGGGGGAGUCGUGGCUGCGGAGGCAGCUGCAGCAGUUGAGACCUGGUGCGGCGGAGCUGCGGGGGCUGCGGGUGAGCGACGGGGCGAGUGCGAGGCUGUUGGUUGGGUAGGAAGGGGCGGCUGCUGCUCUGAGGGCUGUGGUCAAGUUGGUGAGCACUCCUCCAGAAGGCAAUGGACCAUGCCAGAGCGGUGAUCUCCACUUUGUGUGGCGGUGAGCCCCUGUCAUACACACGCUUCAGCGUUGCCCGGCAAACAGAUGGAGACAACAGCCACGUGGAGAUGAAUCUGUCUGCUGAUGAUGAGGAAGGAAGGGAAAGACCAGACCACCUGCAUGCCAGCAUGCCUCCUUCACGGAGGAGGGGCAGGAACAUCUGCUUCCCAAUCAUCGCAGCUGUCCUUCUCCUUUUGAUUGGGUUUCUGAUUGGCUACUUGAGUUACCGUGGACGAAUGCAGAAGGCUGGCAGGUGUCUGGAUGGAAGUGGCAAGUGUGAGAUGACUACUACUGAAUCAUACUUAGCUGCUCUUGAUGAUGAUGAUGAAGCUGAGGCAGAAAUGAUUCUUGGACCACCUGUCCUCUACUGGCCAAAGCUCAAAUCCCUGUUGACAAAUAAGCUGUCAGCCAGACGUCUUGAAGACAGCUUAAGACAAAGAGCAAAUAAGGAAUCUUUUGAAGCUGGCCAGAGUGAAGAUGAGAACACCGCCAGCUACAUUCAUGGCCAGUUCAGCAGCUUUGACUUGGAUGAAGUGUGGAAUGAUGAGCACUACGUUAGGCUGCAGGUCAAAGGCAGCAGUGACAACAGUGUGUCUGUUCUGAAAGAUGGUAAAGAAGAGCUUUUGGAGACUCCCGGUGCAUAUGUGGCAUACAGCAAUAAUGGCUCAGCUGCUGGCAAACCAGUUUAUGUGAACUAUGGACUGAAAGCUGAUUUUCAGAAGCUACAGAAGCAGGGCAUUAUACUGAAUGACACUAUAACCAUCUUCAGAGCUGGAAAAAUAACUCUUGCUGAGAAAGUUGCAAAUGCCAAAGAGGCAGGAGCAGUGGGUGCCCUCAUGUACCUAGAUCCUGAUGAUUACAAGAACAGAGAUACGCUUGUCCCCUUUGGACAUGCCCACUUUGGAACUGGAGAUCCUUUCACCCCAGGAUUCCCUUCUUUCAACCACACCCAGUUCCCACCAGUGAAAUCUUCUGGACUGCCUCACAUUGUUGUUCAGACCAUCUCUAGCGGAGCAGCAAGAACGCUGUUCAGCAAAAUGGAUGGUGGAGAGGACUGCUUUCCAGGGUGGAAAGGAGGACUCAUGGGAUGUAAGGUGAUGGUGAGCAGCACGAGCAAUAUGACAGUGAAACUGACUGUGAGCAAUGUUAUGGUGGACAGGAAGAUUCUGAACAUCUUUGGUGCUAUCAAGGGAUUUGAAGAACCAGAUCGCUAUGUUGUGAUUGGAGCCCAGAGAGAUUCCUGGGGCCCAGGAGCAGCCAAGGCUGGUGUUGGAACUGCCAUAUUGUUGGAACUUGCCCGUGUGAUUUCAGACAUGGUGAAAAAUGAUGGCUACAAACCAAGGCGCAGCAUCAUCUUUGCAAGCUGGAGUGCAGGAGAGUAUGGAGCUGUGGGUGCUACUGAAUGGCUGGAGGGAUACACUGCCACACUGCAUGCCAAAGCCUUCACUUACAUUAACUUGGAUGCUGCAGUCCUAGGCUCCAAACAUGUGAAGAUUUCUGCAAGCCCCUUGCUGUACACCUUGCUGGAGAGAACUAUGAAGGGGGUGAAGGACCCAGUGAAGAAUUCUGGAAGCCUGUAUGACAGAGUUGGCUCUAACUGGGUAAAAACAGUUGUUCCCCUUGGCCUGGAUAAUGCAGCGUUCCCUUUCCUGGCCUAUUCAGGAAUCCCAGUGGUUUCCUUUGGUUUCUGCAAUAAAGAUGAAGAAUAUCCCUUCUUGGGCACUACAGAGGACACAGUAGACAACCUGAAGAUGAUUGACAAGUUGGAUGAUCUUAUGCGUGCUGCUGCAGAAGUUGCUGGACAAAUAGCUCUCAGGCUGACCCAUGAUCAUGAGCUCUACCUGGACUUUGAGAGAUACAGUGAAGAAUUGCUAGCAUUCCAGGAGAAGUUUUUGGUCUACGAUCGGGAUGUAAAGGCGCUGGGGCUGACCUUGAACUGGCUGUUUUUUGCCCGUGGUGACUUCCAGCGAGCUACAGAUGCACUGAGAAAAGACAUUGCAAACACUGACAAGGAAAACAGGAUUGUCCGCAGAGCCCUGAAUGACAGGAUCAUGAAGGUGGAGUAUGACUUCCUCUCCCCAUACCUCUCACCAAAAGAUGCUCCCUUUCGCCACAUCUUCUUCGGCAAAGGCCCCCACACUCUGCAGAGUCUGCUGGACAACCUGCAGCUGCUGAGAACCAACAAGAACAGCGUGGAUGUGAACAUGCUGAAAGAGCACCUGGCCCUGGUGACCUGGACCAUUAAAGGGGCUGCCAAUGCUUUAGUGGGUGAUAUCUGGAAUACAGACAACGAAUUCUAGACACGGCAAACACCUGGUUAAGGUACAGGUUUAGGGAAACCCACUCCCUAACAUGGCAUUUUCUUUAGAUUUUCUGGCAACAAAUCUUUUUUGACCAAAGUUGAGCAAAAAAUUUUAAUCUCACCUUGACAAAUUAACAGGAAGCAGUUUUAAAGCAGGUACUAAGAUUACCAUGAAAUCUCCUCUGACCAGACUCCCAUCUGACCACAGUCCAAACUGGUCACAUACAGCUGCUUGUGGGUCUUGUACUUGAGAACUAACAGCUCAGGUAACUCCUGAACCAGUACCAUGAGUGGGGAGGUACCUCAUCUAUUUUGGGUUUUAAUUGUUGGCCCCCCAAACCAGGUGACAAAAUAGGGAAUUAAUUCCUCUUGAUACUUGUAAUGAGGAUCCCUUCUUUGGCAGGGAACUGCAGACACCAACCUGUAGUUCAAAAAUAAAACAACCUAGUAAUAGCCCACAAGUGCUGAAUUAUCAACAAGCUCUGAAGUGCCCGGCCUGCCUUUACUCAACAGCAGGGUCCCAAUGACAUCUUGGAGGCUUGCCUCUGCUGAGGCAUGUCUCAAUACCCAGGGAAAAUGACCCAAAGAUUAUCUAAUGCCCCCUUUAUAUCCUCACCAAGUCCUGCAGCAUUGAGAAAUGGUCUAGACUGGUACUUCAGACCUUGCUGCUCUGGGGCCUUUUGUGAAAUCGAGUCUCUUGCUGGCCAAACCCUGUUUGACUAAUGCCAUUUUGCAGGACGGCUCUUGUUUGGCACUGAGAUAUUUAUUUGUUUAUUUAUUUAUCAGUGACAGGGUUCACUAUAAAUGGUGUGGUUUUUUUUAUAGAAGAUAAUUAUCGGAAGCAGUGCCUUCCAUAAUUAUGACAGUUAUACUGUCGUUUUUGAAUAAAGCAGCAUCUGCUAUUACAAUCAAACAUGAUACUGGAACUUUGCAUUUAAAAUAAUCUAAACAAUCCCCUCAAAAAAAAAAAGUUUUGAAAACUAUCAGCUAAGCUUUCUGUGGCAAAAACACCUCUCUGGAAGAAACUUCAGGGUGUAAACCUGGUAGCAAGUCUCCAGGUUGUGUUCCAAAACAAUCCUUGAAAUGCUGAAAACCUGUGUGGAAACUCAAAUAGUAGAAAUUUGGCUUCCCUGUGGUGUCCAUGCCCCUCUGUGGGACUUGGACUCCCUCUUCAUCCCUGGGUGCUGUGCUCAAGCAUGGGGAGCACAGCUUCCUUCCUGGCCCUGGUGGAGGGGCUUGUUGUGUAGCCCUAGCUCCACCUGCUGCAACACACACAAAGUUGUACCUCAGAUUCGGCAUUGUUCGAGUUUUAAAAUGGCAGCUUCCUGCAAACUUCCAGUACUUUAUGUAUCAUGAAACCUAACUGACAUUAUCGGAGGCAGUGUCUUCCAUAAUGUGUAAAGAACCAAGGUAGUUUUUGCCUACCACAGUGUUAUAUCGGAGGCAGUGACCUCCAUAUGUUGCACUAUGGGUGUACGUAAUUAUCGGGGACAGUGUUUCCCAUAAUUGUUCUAUGCUUAUCAUGCAAUGUCAUCUGCAAAGCUUGAUGGUUAGUAUCUAACAUGAAUCAAUUUCCUGCAGUCCUAUUUUUUCACUCUCCUGUGGUGAUGCAAAUACAAACUCCCAUCUGUUAUGUACUUCCCUAGACUCAACCCCUCUCCCUAGACUGAAUUGUUUCAAAUAGCUGUGCUGUCUUGAAGUGGCUUCCUGCCUCCAGUCACGGAACUGGUGAUUGAAUGUUUAGUGAAAACUAGGCUAGUUAGACUGUGUGCUCUGUGACUUAGUGAACUUCCUUCAAAUCACAAAAGAUUCAAAGAAUUAAAGGCGAAUGUAAGGCUCGGGGCUGACUGCUCUCUGCAAGGCUCUGUUUGCUACUCUGGAUUGGUGUGUGUGCUUGUUAGGAGGCUGGGGUGUUGCUGGGGUCCAUGCAAGGGAGCAAACAGCUUCUUCUGGUUUUGCUGGAAACCUCAAGCUUGUCUCCUGGAGGCCUGGGGAAGGAGGUGGGGGUUAGAAAUAUGUGGCACCUUUCUCAUAGUGCCCCUCAGCUCCGUGACCUGGAGCUGAACACAGCGGCCACAUGACACCUGCUAAGCUGUGCUGUUGCCAGCCCUAUGCUCUGCAAACAGUUUGAUCUGAUGUCUAAACAAAACCUGAGCAAGUGACCUGAGCCCAGCAGUAGUCCUUGAGGGAAAGAGCAUUGUCCUGGUGGAGCAGGGGCCUGGGCCUCCACAUGAAACUGGCAACGGCAAGCACCAGCCUAGUUAUUGAGCUCAGUGUUCACCAGCUUGGAGUGCUGGUAGGUUUUCUUUCAUCUUUCUCAUUGCUUUUCCCUGACUGCCCCGCCGAGGCACGAGUUCAGCCCCGUCUGUGUUACUGUUUCGUAGUGACAUUUCUCUGGAUGGCAUUUAUGAUCUGCUGUCUGGGAGCCCUCACUGUAGUGUUUGCAUGCAUCUUGAUGUCAGACUUAAUUCAUGCGCCUUGUAGCCAGCAGAGAAAGACAAAGCCUGUCUCCUGGCUUAGCAGCACAACUGUGACUACUGGGAUGUUGGGAUGCCUUCCUUGGUGCUGGCAUCUGAUGGGUGUGGGGUGCUAAAUGCUGGUUUUGGGUUACCUGCUGUCUGCUUUAAUAAAGUUUUAAAGCUUGAA